AUUACCAUCAUGAGAUAUAUAAGAUCUCUGACUACAGCAAUGAUGUUAAUGGGGAGACCAAAGAAACACAACCAGUGUUUUUAGGAGAUGAAAGCCGGGAAAUUAAAAAACAAAUUACAGGGAUGAGAAGAUUACUGAAUGACAGCACUGGAAGAAUCUAUCAACGAGUUGGCAAAGAAGGAGAAAAACUGAAGGAGGAGCCCCAAGAUUUAGACUUAGACUGGGCCCAGCGCCUGAAUUCCCCUGCAGAGUCCCAGGCGAGCCUUCAUCCUUCACAGAGCAGUGCAUGGAAUGAAUUGUCACCCCAAGCUAGCCAUUUUUCAGGGCAAUACGGAACUCGAUCCAAAACGUUCCAAAAUCAGACACGAACCGUGGCAUCCAAUGGAGAAAUCCCAAUGGUGAAUUCAUCAGUUGGACCAAAUUGCUGUACAUGUAAUUGCCAGUCAACCCUACAGGCUAUUCUUCAAGAGCUCAAGACCAUGCGAAAAUUGAUGCAGAUUCAAGCAGUUGGGACUCAAAACAGACAGCAGCCUCCUGUUCCUCUGAUUUGUGCACAAAAGUCAACGAUAUCAAGAAAGAGAAAUAAAAAGAAAAAACUACCCCUCAAAACUGUUGAACCAAUUACCAUGAAUAAGAAACCCAACGCUGCAGAGAAUGAAAAGAAGCUAUCAGUAAACUCGGAACGAUUGAGUCUGCAAGCAAUGGAACCCCCCCCAAAACCAGAAACCCCUGUUUCAGGAUUUGGAAUUAUCCUUGAAUCGGCUUCAUCAGAUCCAGAAGUGCAACUUGCAGAAGGCUUUGACGUCUUCAUGCCGAAAUCUCAGCUGGACUCUAUAUUAUCAAACUACACUCGCUCAGGAAGCCUGCUCUUUAGGAAGCUGGUCUGUGCAUUUUUUGAUGACAAGACUUUGGCUAAUUCUUUACCAAACGGCAAAAGGAAAAGAGGGCUGAAUGACAACCGGAAAGGACUAGACCAAAAUAUUGUGGGUGCAAUAAAAGUCUUUACAGAAAAAUACUGCACUGCUAACAAUGUGGAUAAACUUCCUGGUCCUAGGGACUGGGUCCAGAUUCUUCAGGAUCAAAUUAAACUUGCAAGAAGACGAUUAAAAAGAGGCUCAGCAGAGGCAACUGACUGUGAUGAGAAGCUGGACAUUUCUCUACUACAAACAGGUAACCUUUUCGACACCACAACAGAUCAUCUGAUAGACGCAAACCCAGAUUUUUCAGCUUGAAUUUCACAUCCUGCAUCAGUGCUCUGAGCAGAUAGAAACAUCCUCUCCUGUAUGUUCCCACAAGAUCAGUACGAGAACUUCAGCGACUGCAAGGCGUGGACGUCCAUACCAUUUUCCCUUCAUGUUUGUGUUGUUUCAUGCAUUUUCCAUGUAACCUCAAAUAACGAACCUGCCAGAUUGCUUCACUUUUUUUCAUCUUAAUUAAAGAUGAUUUCCCUCCGUAUCCAAUGCAUUAUUUAAUUAUCGGGGUAUGCACUCUGAAGAUAUUCUCUUGACUUUGUUUUUCCUCCACAAUUGUGUUUUUCCAUGUGAUUGUAUGCUUGCCAGCAGUGUGUUGUCUUAAGCCACGCACAG